AUGCGUAUCUCCUCUCUGUCGCUCCCUUUGGCAGUGCUGGGCCUCGUUGGGUCUGCUGCAGCCUAUCCCUACCCUGAACCAGAGGUCUUGCGCCACGACUCGGACAAACAGGCCAAGGCCGAUGCUGUCAAGGAAGCCUUCCAACAUGCAUGGAAUGGAUAUGUCAAAUAUGCUUUCCCUCAUGACGAGUUGCAUCCUGUGAGCAAUGGCUAUGGUGACUCCAGGAAUGGAUGGGGAGCUUCCGCUGUCGACGCUCUCUCAACCGCCAUUAUCAUGGGUAACCGUGAUGCCGUUCAAAAGAUACUGGACCACAUUGAAACUAUUGAUUUCUCAAAGACCAACGACGAGGUCAGCCUGUUUGAGACUACUAUCCGAUACCUUGGUGGCAUGUUGUCCGGCUAUGAUUUGCUCAAGGACUCUGCAGCGCAUCUUGCCCUCAAUUCAACCCAAGUCGACAACCUGCUUAUCCAGUCCAAGAAACUCGGGGAUGUCUUGAAAUUUGCAUUUGAUACGCCAUCCGGUGUUCCCUACAAUAACCUUGACAUAGCUUCCAAGGGAAAUGAUGGCUCGAGAACCAAUGGUCUUGCAGUAACCGGAACUCUGGUACUGGAGUGGACCCGGUUGUCCGAUUUGACCGGUGAUGAUGAAUAUGCCAAGAUAAGCCAGAAGGCCCAGUCGUACCUUCUAAAUCCUCAGCCAUCAAGCGGAGAGCCAUUCCCGGGCCUGGUGGGAAGCAACAUCAACAUUUCCAAUGGCCAUUUCACCGACGGUGCUGUCUCGUGGAACGGCGGCGAUGACUCGUUCUACGAGUACCUGAUUAAGAUGUAUGUGUACGACCCCAAGCGCUUCAAGUCAUACAAGGACCGAUGGGUCCUCGCAGCCGAGUCGACAAUCAAACACCUCCAAUCGCAUCCCGCCCCUCGCCCGGAGAUAACCUGGUUGGCCUCAUACUACAACGGCCAAUAUGAUCUUAGCUCACAGCACCUGACCUGCUUCGACGGCGGCAGUUUUAUCCUGGGCGGUACCGUGCUGAACCGACAAGACUUUAUCGAUUUCGGCUUGCAGCUUGUGGAUGGCUGCGAGGCUACUUACAACCAGACCCUGACAGGCAUCGGACCAGACUCCUGGGGCUGGGAUCCGAAGAAAGUGCCAUCCGACCAAAAGGAUUUCUACGAGAAGGCCGGAUUCUAUAUCAAUAGCGGCGCAUAUGUUUUGCGCCCUGAAGUGAUCGAGAGCUUCUACUAUGCGUACCGCGUCACGGGCAAUGAAAUCUACCGUGACUGGGUGUGGAACGGCUUCAAGGCGAUCAAUUCUACCUGCCGCACUAGUUCGGGCUUUGCUGCUGUAAGCAACGUGAAUGUAGCUGGCGGGGGGUCUAAGUACGAUAAUGAGGAGAGCUUCCUCUUUGCUGAAGUUCUGAAAUAUGCGUACCUUGUACAUGCAGAGGAUGCCCCGUGGCAAGUCCAGAAGGGCCAAAAGAAUGAGUUCGUGUUCAACACUGAGGCUCAUCCCGUGCGCGUGGCGCAUACCUAG